AUGAUCACUCCGAAAUUUGAAUGUACCCAAAAUGAUGAAUUUGUUACCGUCGUCAUUUACAUUCCUCAUGUCAAAAUGACUGAAAUGGAAUAUAGCAUUGAUAACACCACUCUUGAUGAUCCUAAUCAUGAUCACACCAAGUCACUACUCCGAUUUUAUGUCAAGCCAUAUUUCUUACGAUUACAUUUUGCACAAGAAUUGAAUGAUACUGGAGAAUUUGAUUUGGCAAAAUAUGAUCCCGAUAACGAAAGAGUAAUUAUUCAAUUACCUAAAAAGAAUCGUGGAGAAUUUUUUGAAAAUCUUUCAAUGAUUACAUGGUUAUUAGGAGCAAAUAGAAAUAUCGGAUCAUCAGAAGGAAGAGUGUCAUCCUCGAGUCUAUUCAUAGGAGAUCAUGAACAUGUUGGUGCAUCUUCGGCAUUGCCUUCUCAAAAAGCUCCAUUGAUUGAAGUAGUGGAAAGUUCCAAUCACUUAAUGGAAGAUCAAGAAGAAGAACAUGACGAUGAAACACAUGGCAUGUUUGAUGAAAAUGCUAGCGCUGAAGAUUGGCAACAACAGCUGCCAGAUCAAAAGAGUGCUUCCGAACUCAUGAAAGAAGAAUUAGGAAUUUCUAAAAUUUAUUAUGGAUUUAACAAACAAUUUACAGACGUUUUCACAAAAUUUUCACAAGAUUAUAUUAAUGAAAUUAUUGAUGUACCCUUGAAUCCAGAAGUAAUUCCAUUUGAGGAACGAAAGAAAAUUAGAAUUUUAAAUGAAGUUGAAGAGUUUGAUCCUGAACAUUAUUUGGUUGAUUACAUCAACAAGGAUAGAGACAUCAAAAUGGUAUUUGAUUUCAAACCACUCUUUCUUUCGACUCCACAACCCUUCCAAUGGACAGACAAGGAGCAAGAAGCCCUUCGAUCGUUACCAAAGAAGGAAUUUUUAAUAUCGAAUGAGAUUGCUGUGUAUUGUGGUCUUGUUGAUUUAUUAUGCUCAUUCUCUUACAAUCAUAGAAGCUUUAUGGGUGAGAAUAAUUCAGAAAGUGCAUGGACCAUCUGCAAAAUGAGUUCACAAUUGUCAUGGCUUGAAGAAUUGAAUAAUCUCAAAGAAACACUUGAGAUAUUCAUCAGUCGAACAUGUGUCUAUGCAUUAUACAGAAACUUUGAUCUAUGUAUUCAAUGCAUCAAAGAUGUUUCUCAAUUAUUAUCAUUAGGAAAGGAAUAUGUGUUACGUGCCUUGUUAGAAAUUAAGGACAUUCUUGCUCACACUCAUGACAAGUAUCUGUUGAAUAAGAUCUAUGUCGAUAAUUAUUGUAUUUGGAUUCAAGGAGUCUCCAAUCCAUCUCUUCAGAAUCUUGCCCAUGCUCUUAUGCAAUUGGUUGAUGAAGAAUUUCUCAUGAAGAGAGAUGAAUUUCUUAUCAGUGAACAAAUAUCCCUGAAAAAGUUGGAAGAUUAUGCCGAGGAGUGCAUUUCAAAUUCGAAUGGAAAUGUGGACGAUUUAGUCAUGACAGAACAAGAUAAGCAACGACCUCUGGCUCUCUAA